AUGGCUGCGUCUGCCCGCCGCUUGUGCCACAUCGCCUUCCACGUGCAGCCAGAGCAGCCCCUCGCCCGGGACCUGCAGCGCUUCUUCGGCUUCCAGCCCCUAGCGGCUCGGGAGGGAGAUGGCUGGCGGCAGCUCGCCCUGCGAAGCGGAGACGCAAUCUUCUUGGUGAACGAGGGCGCGGGCCCAGGGGAUCCGCUGUAUGGCCUGGACUCGCGUCACGCCGUGCCUAGUGCCGCGAACCUGUGCUUCGACGUGGACGAUGCGACGGCCGCCGCCCGGGCACUAACUGCACGGGGCUGCUGUCUGCAAGUGCCCCCUGUUAUCAUGCAGGAUGCACACGGCGCUGCCACCUACACAGUGGUGAACUCGCCGGUCGGCCACCUCAGCCUAACGUUGUUGGAGCGCCCCGGCUACUGCGGGCCUUUCCUGCCAGGGUUUGGGCCGGUGCCCUCCGUACCUGGUUCCUGCUGGGUUACCCACGUGGACCACCUAACCUUAGCCUGCAGUCCAGGCAGCUCCCCCACACUGAUGCACUGGUUUCAAGACUGCCUGGGUUUUCGCCAUUUGCCGCUGAGCCCAGGUGAAGAUCCCGAGGUGGGCCUAGAAGUGACUGCAGGGGUCGGCCGUGGGGGGCUCAGGCUCACGGCCCUGCAUACCCCAGUGAACAGUGCUGUUCCCACCCUGGUACUGGCUGAGUCCCUCCCGGGAGCCUCCAGUGGGAAGGAUCAAGUGGAACAGUUUCUGGAUCGGAACCAGGGGCCGGGUCUGCAGCACGUGGGGCUGUACACGCUUGACAUCAUGGAGGCCACUGAGAGGGUGGCAGCGGCAGGGGGUCAGCUUCUGAUGCCUCCUGAGGCCUACUACCAGCAACCAGGCAAGGAGAGCCAGAUCUUAGCUGCAGGUCAUGAGCCUAGCCGGCUUGCCCAACGAGGAAUCCUGUUAGACGGUGAUCAAGGCAAGUUCCUCCUGCAGAUCUUCACCAAGUCCCUCUUUCCAGAGGACACCUUCUUCCUGGAACUGAUUCAGAGGCAGGGGGCCACAGGCUUUGGCCAGGGCAACAUCAGGGCCCUGUGGCAGUCAGUCCAGGAGCAAGCUGCCAGGUGCAGAAGAACUUGA